AGCGUAACUAUUGAUGGAGCUUUGUGGAAAUCAAAUUGCUUCUUGGAGUGGGACGCUUUUGUGAAGGGCUCUACGAUCGAAUUGGAGUUGACAGAUGAUAUAGAGGUGUCCUGCGGAGCGAAGCCAGAUACCUUGCCCCCAUCACUGUCGACGGGAGGAUAUGCUUGA